AUGGCUUCCAAUCUGCAAUAUGUCCAGAGCAAGACUGAAACCUUAUAUGAUAUCUCCACUGACGUCGUCCGUCUGCUUCGCUUAUCUGGCGAGUCCCUGGGUGUAGCUGAGUCGCUCACAGCUGGCGGCGUCAUGGCAGCACUGACUUUGGUGCCCGGGGCUAGCGCCGUAUUCCGUGGCGGCGUGGUGUCGUAUGCUACCCCACUGAAGAAACUGCUUCUUAAUGUCGAUGCCGACCUCAUUAGCCGAGAAGGCGUCAUUCAUGCCGAAGUUGCACAGCAGAUGGCCGAAGGCGCAAGGAGCGCGACCACAUUCGACGAUAUUCCGACCACGUGGGGGAUUGGAACGACCGGGGUCGCGGGUCCGGACUCCCAAGAUGGGAAGCCUGUCGGCACGGUAUACAUCGGUGUGGCGUCUCCAGAGGGGACGAGGGCGUGGGGUCCGUUUAGAUUCUCGGGGUCGAGAGAACGGGUGCGUGAGGCUACGGUCGUUGAGACUUUGUUGAGGCUUAGGGACGCAGUGGCCGCAAGGUAUAAUGAAGGCGCUGGAGAGAGAGGAUACAAUGACCAAUCCGGUGCUUGA